AUUUUAUGCUUGUAAUGCCAUGUAUGAAAAUUUAAACUACAUACGUAAAUUUUUUUUGCGCCACAGAAACCUACAGCAAGGCCCAGGAACUGUCCAGGAGAGCAGAGGUUACGUCAAAUGUUGAAACAGAACCUGAAGGUCCAAAAAGCAGAGUUACCAAAAAGCCUGCUAGAUAUGACUUCUCAGAUGAAGCUGAUGAUGAAGGCGAUAAUCCUGAGUUCUCCCACACUCCAUCUGUAGCUGUUCUGCCACAAUCUCCUCACCUAAAUGUUGGACUUUCCAAAACAAGCUCGCAUCAUACCAAAAACUCAGUUGUUCAUGAAAGAUUUUCCUCCCCAGAAUGGUCUGAUGCAUCCUUCAAAACCAGAUCCUCAUCACGGUCCUCAGAAAUAAUACAUGUUAACGCACAAGAUUUGAAAAAAAAAUACACAUCAGCUUCAUCAGACCGAGGUGCAACAGAACUUGUACCUGUUUCACAGACAGAGUUUGCAGAGUUCAAGAGCGCUGUAAUGGCAAACUUCAAGACAAUCCAGGAAAACCAGCGGCUGAUGUUAAGCUGCCUACAGUCUUCUUCCAGUGGGCUAGGGGAUGAUGUGGAGGAUGUACUGCCAGCUCCAGUAAGCAGCUUGGAGGAACUGGAUGACCUAAACUCUAAAUUGGCUGAUCAAUCUUUCAAAAGGAAUUUGACACUGUAUUUGUCAUCUUUUGGAGGGCACAGCCUUGGCGAUGCUGUCCGGAGGAUUUUUAAAAAGCUUGGAACUAAUUCCGUGUGGUCGUUUUACAGCCUCAAAGGAAAGAAAGGGAAGCUACCAUUUAGUGAUCUUCCCAUCUGCAAAGUUAUCAUCAGAGCAUGCAUGAGAACCUACAAAGAAGCAAAAACCUCUGCAGUGGAGCAUCAAAUUAGUGAGGCCCUGAAGCAUGCUCCUAAGAGGAAAGGUGGCCAAAAAUACAAGGUAAAAAUGGAUAAACCCAUGGUGAUCAAUAAUUUUAUUGGUGGAGUGAUGGUGCCAUGCCAAGACCAUAUAGACUCCCAUGACCCCAGCACUGGCUUGGUCUGGACCAAGAUUCCAGACUCAGGCCAGGCUGAGGUGGAUGCUGCUGUAGUUGCUGCUCAGGCUGCAUUUGAACGGUGGUCGAGUAAAUCUGCUCAGACACGUGCAAAUCAUCUGCUCAAGGUUGCUGACAUUCUUGAAUCACGUCUAGAAGAAUUUGCUGUUGCAGAGUCACGGGAUCAAGGAAAGCCAGUAUGGCUUGCAAGAACAAUUGACAUCCCAAGAUGUGUGCUGAAUUUAAGACAUUUUGCUCAUGCCAUUCCACAUCACCUAAACACCUCAAAUGUCAACCCAGAGAUGGGAGUCGUGAACUACACCCUCAGGGAACCUCAGGGUGUGGCAGGUCUCAUCAGUCCAUGGAACUUACCCUUGUAUCUGUUGACCUUCAAACUUGCCCCUGCUCUUAUGUGUGGCAACACUGUUGUUGCCAAGCCUUCAGAAAUGACCUCUGUCACUGCCUAUAUGUUCUGUAAAGUUCUACAGGAUGCAGACUUUCCUGCAGGCGUUGUAAACAUGGUAUUUGGACGUGGUCCUUCUGCAGGCCAAGCCCUCAUAACUCACCCUCAGGUGCCGCUGGUGUCUUUCACUGGGUCAACACUCACAGGAAAACUUAUUGCUCAGGCCACGGCUCCCAUGUUCAAGAAGUUGUCCCUUGAGAUGGGUGGCAAAAAUGCUGCAGUUGUAUUUGAUGAUUGUGAUAUGGAAUCUUGCAUCACUACUCUUAAGAGAAGCUCUUUUAUCAAUUCAGGACAAGUAUGCUUGUGUACAUCAAGAAUCUUUGUUCAGAAAUCUCUGUUCAAAGAUUUCUUGGAAAAAUUUACUACAGUUGCAAGGGAAGUUAAGGUUGGUCCUCCAUCAGACAAGGAUGUCUUUAUGGGGCCUCUCAAUUCAAAACCUCAUCUGGAUAAAGUUCUUAAGUACAUUAGCUAUGCUGUGGAAGAUGGAGGACAAGUACUUUGUGGCCAUGGCGUUGACAUCUUGGACCUCCCUUCUCAGAACAAAGAGGGUUACUUCAUGAAACCAACAAUAAUUACGGGUCUGAGUGAUGAGUCUCGGUGCAUGCAAGAGGAGAUAUUUGGACCAGUAACAUGUGUUACACCUUUUGAUACUGAAGAAGAAGUUAUUAGUCGAGUUAAUGACACACCUUAUGGCCUUUGUGCUUCAGUUUUCACCUCAAACUUAGCAAGGGGACAUCGUGUUGCUCACAAGCUCAAGUAAUACCGGCAUCAGAAGGGGACAAUGGCAGCAGCAGGGAGGGAUAGGCCAGAGCUUUGUUUAUAACCAUGUGUACAGCUGUUCGAUUACCAGAUAUUUUCACAACUAAUAAGCCUUUGGUGUUGAUGUAAGGUUAUAAAUGAAAAACUACGGACAAAACACAGGACCAUGUUAUUCUGAUGACCACAGCAGCACAACUAGCGGAGGGGGAGAGGCCAGGGAGCCUUGGUUUACAAACACAUGUGAUAUGUAGUCUAUCAGGUACUUUUUGAGUAUUAAAUCAAACCUUUGUGUUCGAGUAUUGAAAACUUUGACUGUUAAGACAUUCGAGUAUUGAGUCUCCACUGUAUAUACUAUAUUUUGAGGGUGGUCAGCAUCCCAUCAAAAUAAGGGUUAGGUCACAAGCAGCAAACAAAUGUGAAUUAAGGAAAUAUGGAACCUGAGAGAAUAGAGUCACUAUAGGUGAAUUCAGAAGAGAGGCAAAUGAAAAAAAUUAAGAUCAGAGGUAAAGAAUAGGUUUUAUUGGAGGGUCAUAGACAUGAGUCUGAGGAAGUGAUACAUUAGAGAGAAAAAUGCUGAGAGAAGGACUAAAAAUGGUAUUUACUAACAUCAGUGGUUUAAUGUCAACUACUCUCAUGCUGGAAGUGAAAGAUUAUUUAAAGAAAAGAAGCCAGAUAUCAUGACAAUUGUUGGAAAAUAAAAAAAAUGUAGUGAUGUGGAUAUUGUAGAUAUAGGAGAUGGGAAAUACAAUUUUUAGAUGAGAAAUAAAAAAAAGUAAGCAAGAAUGAGAUGGGAUGCUCUUAGUUGGGAAAGAAUUGAUGGUGGAUUCUAGUACAUAUGGAAAGAGAGGCAGUAGUGCAAGUAAGGUUAAAAAAGGGAUCUGCUCUUUUGUGUGGUUAUACCAGAUAUCACAAUCACCUUACCAUGAUGUGCACCCAAUUUCAUGGAGCUAACUGUACUAUGCAAAAGUUAUUGCAGAGGUUAGGAAUCAUGAAACACACUUCAUAUAAUUGUUACCUAUACUUUCAUUAUUAAAUAUUGUUACUUUCUCCUUUUGAAAUAAUUCAUUCAUUUAUGUAUCUUAAUGAAUUAAUUACAGUAAAGUCCCGGGUUACGUCGGUCUUGAGUUACGUCAAACUCGUAGUUACGUCAGUCCACUAUAAGGCAAUUUAAGAUUAAAAAAAUUGAAAAUUUAUAAAUUGUAAAGUGCGGGAUUUAUUGUUAUUGUUGGUGGUUGCCCGCCACACUGCCCACCUCACGCUUGAAUACAAUAACACCCUGCCCCAGUUCCACCACACCGUCGCCCCUGGCAAGAGUGUUAUCCUACUUCUG